AUGGAGAAGGCUUUUGCUACGGGAAACAGCCGAGCCCUUUAUCAACUGAUACGAUGGACUGGCCCUAGGAAAGCAACGGUCAGCGAAACGAUAAAUGAAGAAGAUGGCUCAUUAAUUCGCUCGCAAAAACUUCCACUGGAGAGAUGGGCCGAACACUUCGAAGAGCAGCUGGCCUCAUGCAACACAACCAGUGGAGGUAAUACAUACGGGCGAAUGGAACACAGAGAGAGAGAGACAGAUCCGUUAAAAACCAACCUGGGUUCCGUCCUGCAAGAGAUUCUGGAACAGCGACACUGCUUCCAGCAACCAACAAUGGUUUUUUCUGGUCUUGAUCUGAAAGCUGCCUUUGACUCUGUGGACCGCCAAGCACUAUGGCAGUGUCUGUGGAGCAAAGCUGUCCCCCAUAAAUUCUUGAACCUCAUUAAGGCGCUGUACGCCAACUCCCGCGGCCGUGUAAAGGUCUACGGGAAGCUCUCUCCUGAGUUCACCACAUCCAGCGGUGUCCGACAGGGCUGUCCUCUUCCACCUUUCCUCUUCAACUUCGUCAUUGACACGAUCAUGGAAGACGCACUACCAGCCUCUAAUGCCGGUGGGGUCGAAGUGCUCCCUGGGCCUCCGCUCACAGAUAUCGAGUACGCAGACGACAUAGCUCUUCUGGGAUCUGAUCCCGUUUUUAACCCUUGUCACCUUGGGUUUGUGCCGCAAUUGAACCUGAGAAUACUUCACUUUACCGCAACCAUGUCCGAAGCGCAGUGCGAUGGAGGAACUUCAAACGAAUCUGAUCGGCUGAAUCCCUAUGAACUGGUUGGAGCAUACAAAAUUCGUUGUGACAAUGAUGGUGUGCAGCCACUGUACUCGGUUUUUUCACAACUCCAAUUCCAUUUCCGUAACAACUUCUUACGCCUAAUCACAGGGACACAAUUGAACGCAGCUCACGUCGAAAUCUUGGAAGAAGUCUUCAAGCGAUCUCUGGUGGCGUUGUGUGAAAUGUUGGAGUUUUACGAGUCAUGCACUGAACUAUGCCUUUCGCGGAACACGCGUAUUCACAGCGGUGGAUGGAAAGCGUUGACUCGCUUGGUUAGAAAGCUUCCUUCACUCAAAUGGUUGGAUCUACGUGGUUGCAAACUUACCGACUCAGACAUUAUCCUUCUGGCUCAUGCUAUCCGAUCCCAAGCAGUUUCUUGUCGUGCAGACGUGAGUCGGUACAUGAAAUUUCGACUGGCCAAUCGACGUCUAUUGGCGAAGCGAAAGGAAAGCGCAAAAGCUGGUGAACGUGUUAGCACAGACUCCGAUGAGGAGCGAGCCGCUACAUGUGUACAACACGGUACUAUUGAGUGCACUCAAUGUCUCUCUCAGCUACCCUACGUCGGAUUACGUGGACUGCAUUUAGGUUCAGCUGGCAUCAAACAACUUACUUGGGAUAGUUUAACCAACGCUCUCCGUUUGUCUUCUGUGUGUGAUGUGAGACUCCCUGAUAACCAGCUGGGACCUCAAGAGGCUCUGAUGCUUACUCCGCUUAUUCGCUACGGUGCAUCGCUUCGCUACUUGGAUCUGAGCAGGAACCACCUUGGGCCCGAUGGUUGCGCAUACAUCGCGUCCGCGUUAGCCUCACCAGCGUUUCCGAGCAAAGCAGCCAAGUCCUCUGGUCUGCGACGACUGGAUCUUUCAGAAAAUGAAUUAGAUGCUCCUAGUAUGAACAAGCUCUCUGUUGCCUUACCUCACUGUCAAAACUUGACUUGCCUACAACUAUCGGGAAACAAAAAAAUAGGAUGCACUGGUGUUGUCAAUUUGCAGUCAGGUCUCCUGACUUGUCGACGGUUGACCCAUCUUGGACUCGCUGCUUGUCGAAUCGAGUGUAUUGGUGCGGUUGCCUUAGCCGAACUCCUGGUAGAUAAACCGCGACGCCUAAGUGUGAUUAACCUUCGCUGGAACAAAGUGGGGGCUGCUGGUCUAUUGGCCCUAGCUCGUUGCUUACAGUGUGUACACAGGCGCAUUCAUAUCGAUGGUUUGGACCAAUCCGAUGUCGAUUCUUCGUCGUCAUACACUCCGGAUAGGAUUUUACAGACAGCAGCCAAAUUAGCAGGAGGACCUUCUGAUGUGCCAAAAGUAGUUGAUCCAUUCUUGGGUGAGGCGUGGGUUACCCUUAAACGGCUUCAAGACAAAAACCUACAGACUUUUCCCAAGACGUCCACAAUCAGCCGGAGAUACUGCGAUAUCACAUGUCCGACAUCAUAUUCAGUUUUUGGUGGCCCGCGGUCACCAACCAACGAGAUAGCAGAGGAACUUGAUCCUCGUUACAUGUGGGGAGACAGUUCUGAAGAUGAAAACGAGGAACAAGAUGACCUGACAGCGUUCACAGAAACUGAGACCUCGAGCGUGUACUCUUAUCUCAACUGUCGUCCACCUCAGGCUACAAAUAACUUUCUGGUCAAUGGUCAGGUGUCCUUUCCCCCGUGUAAUCGAGUUAACGGAGACGGUUUAAAAUCUCAGUCUGUUGAACCAACUAAUGAAGCCGUGCCGUUUGAAGUUCCCACUGAUCCACCCCAGCAGCGCGCGAGCACUGCGGAAGAAGAGCUUUGGACUGAUCCGGCAUUCCAAGGGCCUCUUAAUGGCCUAGGCGUGGAAGUAGGCAGUUUCGUCCCAGUACCCCUUCACUAACCACGCAAUGAGUGUUUCCACCUGUCUUUGUCCGUUCUAAACGGGGUGUUGCCGAUACGAUAACAUCGUCAUCCAAUUCUGUCAGAAUUCAACUCACCUCAAUCUGUUGUGAAUAGAAUGCUGCUGUGAUAUUAUCCCUUAGCAAGUGGGACCAAAUUUGCGGCUACCCUGCUUAACGUAGCCACUUUCUAGUUUCUCCGAUGCUGCCUUGACUCUUGAUUGUAUUUUUUUCAGCCCCACACCUGUGAUACCCUUUUGCUGCGCAACUUCGUCUCUUGGCUGUGGUGUCUAAUUUCAAUGCUGCGAUUUAUUUUUCCACACCUCAUUGGCCCCCUUUUGAUGUUUUGAAUUUAUGGUUUCCUAUCGGCCUGUCUAAGUUACCUCGUUUCUGCCUACAUACGACGGUUUAUAUUUUAAUCUUUUACUGUUUGUAAUUUGAUACUUUGUGCAUCACUUCACAUCGGUCAGUUUGAAUUCAUUGCGUU